AUGCCUUCCGACAGUGGCGCUGAAAGAGAUGGCGAGAUCUGUGAGGGUACCUCGCGACGAGAACUCCUCGCUGACCAGACCGGGCUAUCGCUCGAAGCCGACCUGGCACAGCUGAAGAGGACCGUCGCCGUCGCCAGCUUGAGCACAUUUUGCUUGGGCUACAACACGGCAAUCGUCGCCGGGGCACAAACAGGAAUUCAUCAGGACACCGACUUCGUGCACGGCAGCGGUCUGGCCUCGGGAGUGCUUGUGAGCUCUGCGCUGCCUGCUGCAGCAUUGGGGGCCUUCGGUGGUCAGGUGGCAAACUUGGUGGGCCGUCGCAGAACUCUGCUUGCUGUAGCAAGCCUCUUUGCGCUGGCACCGCUCGCAAUGGCCGCUGCACCAUCCUUCCUCUUCCUUCUAGCCGCCAGGUUCCUGUGUGGACUGUCAAUCGGCGUUUCCUCGGUGCUUACGAACCUCUACAUCACAGAGGUGAGUCCAGCUGUGUGCCGUGGACGCUUGGGUGGCUGGGCGCCCUUCAUUGGCACCAGCGGAAUCCUCGUGUCCUACAUAGUGUCCUCAGCUCUGCAGCCUUUCCCAUAUCAGGCAUGGAGGUGGCAGUUUGGCUUGGCAGUGCUACCUGCACUCCUGCAGCUGCUGCUGAGCCGACAGUUACCGGAAACUCCCCGCUGGCUUCUGGCACAGUCCCGGAAAGAGGAGGCCCGGCAGAGCCUCCAGCAGCUGUUUCCAAAGGCGGCCCCGAGCUGCGUCGACGAGGAGCUCUCCAGGUUGGAGGCUGACUUGGGCCAAACGACGCAGAUGGCGGCAAUCAGCUCUUGGAAUCUCUUCUCCACAGAGCACCGGGCCUCGACACUUGUGGGAGUGGCAAUCAACGUGCUCCAGCAAGUCUCGGGCAUCAACGUCUUCAUCUACUUUGCGCCUCAGAUCCUGGAAGAUGCUGGUUUCGGCCGAUACUCCAUGGUCUCCACAGUGUUGGUGAGCUUGAUCCAGCUCACUGCUACGGCGGUGCUGAUCCAAUUCAUUGAUCGUGUUGGGCGCCGGCCGCUGGCUUUGAUCGGCCUCGCCGGGAUGAUGGCCGGCCUUCUGCUGGUGAUCGCAGGCUCCUUGGAGCGCGGUGCAGGGCUGCAGGUGAGUUUCACAGCCUGGUUUUCGCUGCUGGGAAUGCUGCUGUUUCGGGCUGCCUUCUCGCUGUCCCUGGGCCCGCUGCCCUAUGUCAUGACCUCCGAGUUCUUUAAGCAAGAGGCAAGGGCAGCAGGAGUUGGCCUUUGCUGGGCCAUGAAUUGGCUUGCCAACUUUGCGGUCUCUCUGAGCUUCCCAGUGCUAGCAGAGGCAGGGCUACUCCGAGACUUAGAUCUACUCGUAGCACGAGAGACUGUGAGAGUCAGCCGACCGGUGAAGCUGAUAAAAAUCAACGCGACAGCCUUACCCUAA